ACACAUUCGACCCCGAACCUCAAAAACUCGAACCAAGCCGAAGGCCCGAAGACAAAUGUAAAUUCAGGCUCAAACAAAAAAAAGCAGAGAAGAUCGCCAAGUUCAAGGAGCGAGCUCUGGAAAUCGCAACAAUGGCGGAAGAUGGAGCAGCAAUCUUUGCUGCAAUCUCAAUGAUGUUGCUAUCAAUGGCUACUCUUUCUGCUGCAUAUAGACCUGGCGACAUCGUCCCUUUGAGUAGGAUGGGUCAAUACCACUCCUCGAGGACUGUUUGGCAUGAUAUAGUUGGUCGUCAUUGCCCCAUUUUUGCUGUUAAUCGAGAGGUUUUGAUUCCUAUUCCGAAACCAACUGGAUACACUGGUGCUGAUCCUUAUAAAAUAACGUUCCAAGUUGGGAAAGAAAAAUUUCAGCUUCCCUGGCUUUACAUCAUAAAUCGGAAGAGUUCUGAGGUUCCAAUGAUUGACAUGCAUUUGAGGUAUUCAGGAGGUGAUCUGCUUGGCAUAACUGCAAAAGUUGUUGAUAUGCCUCACCAUUAUGUUGAAAUUCAUCCAGACAUACGUAAGCAAUUCUGGGACCCUCAGCAUUGGCCAAAACAUGUGCUUGUCAGAUAUACUUGGGAAGAACACUCUGAGAUAGAUGUCAGUUCUGGAUUUUUUGUUCUCUUUGGUUCAGGUCUUAUGCUAUCAGUUGUUUUGUCCAUCUACAUUUUGCAAUCUUCUAAGGAGAAGAUAGCAAGGUUUGUGAGAGAAACUGUUGCAGAUAACAAUAUGGCAGGUGGAGUGGAGAAAGUCGAAUAAUGGAAAUCUCAAAGAAUUAUACUUCAUAGCUGUAGUUUUAUCUGUUGUUAGCAAUUUCUGUGGUUGUAAAUCAUCGACAUGGUUAUGCUCAAAAGACAACGUCACACUUUACAGGGUUAUGUAUAAAAGUAUAAGAGCUGAGAUAGACUUUGUGUACUUAUUUUCAGGUCUCCUUAGUAUAAUUGGAACAAAAUCCGUCGCCCAAAAAAUCUGAUUCUGACCAUUACUCAAAUUGUAUGCAAGCUA